ACCUUCGCUAGGAACGCUCAGUUAUCCCGAACGCGUCGUUAUUGCAACAUUCAAGUUCCCAAAAAACACUUGGCAAUCACCGAUAGUGUUUUGUUUGCGCAACAUGUGCGAUAUCGGCGGUCUACUCAAACUCUGUGGAAAAAGUUGAGACGCGCCCCACUUUGAACAAUUUAUCGAUCCUGAAGAGGUAAUUGGAAUUCUGGGCAAAAAACGGUCGAAUUUAUAAGAAUUAAAGACGAUAGAAACCUCCUUGAAAUAAGAGUGGUUCGUAACACCAAAACGCACUGGGAGCACAUGUGCUCGGCUGGUGAGCCGCCCCGAGGUGAGGGGCCAUGCCAUGCGAGCUAGUCUGCCCCCAAUUAACAAAAAUAAUCAAGAAUCAAGGUCCCCACAUUCAUGUACACCAAUUAUUCCAUACUGACGAGCUGGAGAAAGGGAUUCCUCUCGCAGCGCAGACAAGUUACUGCGCAGAGCUGGAGGAGUUGCGGGAGUUGCUCCACUUCCCUGAAGAGGUUGCCCUUCGCCUGGCCGAUACUGAAUAUCAGCUUUUUUAUCAGGUCCCACCUAUCGACUACCUUCGUCAGGUGACCUUGGACUUGGGGGGAGCUACAGGAACAUCUGCCGAAAGCCUUCCUGGUAAUACAUCAGUGAAAAGAUCAUCUGUUUCGACUUUGAUCAAACGUUUCAACGAGGUUAGCGCUUGGGUGACACAAUUAAUAAUCACUCAACCCACUCACGAUGCCCGCCGAGCUGUCCUUUCUUGUGUCCUUCGAGUCGCCUUAUCCUCAUGGAAUAUCGGCAACUUCAACGGAGCCAUGGAAAUCAUUGCCGGCCUCAAAUCGAACAAACUCAAACCGUUCUGGUUAUCCAUCACCGAAAAAGAAACGCUACCGGUGUUGGACUUCUUAUCGGCGGCGCUACUUUCCGCAGAGUACGACCGUGCCUUAAACAGGGCACUCGCAAUGCCCGAGUGCCCAGUAGUACCCUUCUUCGGAGCUUUUCUCAGGGAGUUGCGGGAGAUUCUCGCAGCUUCCGAGGCAGUCGGCGGAGGAGGACUACCCGGAGAGCAUAUUCCGCCUGCGGGAAAGUCGCCAAAGGCAUCGCAAGGACACAGGGACCAACAUCAUCAGCAGAGACAAGUGUUCAUAUCAGAUUAUAAUGGAGAAGACCAUCAUUUCACAACAAUUGGUCCUGGAGGACUGAUCAAUUUGGAAAAAAUAUACCGCACGCAGGCGGUCAUGGACCAUAUAUCUUUGUGCCAUCAACAUUAUCAUAGUAGAAAUCGUCUUUCGCCCACUUUCAAUCUUAUCGAUUAUCUUAAGUCAUCAGCUAUAAAUGAACAACGCGUUUUAGCGUUCGGACCCCCGGAAAAAGUCGAACUGGACGCCGAAUACGACUGUGAUGUAGAUGAUUAUCACCCUGUACAACCACUUGUACACGACCAUGGAGUUAGCUUUGUGUGCUUAUCGUCGCCAUUAACGAAAAUAGAUCAACAUGUCAUACAGAUCCUCCACCACGGUAGUACGUGCGUUAUAUGGGAAGGUUUGGAAGGGCCCUCUCCACCUUCAGGUACUAAAGGCGUUCUACUCUAUCUUCGUUUAGAUAGAUCCUCGACGACCUUAACAUGGGUCAGACCAAGUUGGAGUGGUCUUAAGGCUGGAUCAUCCAACGAAUCAACGGAUCCUUUCACUACUGAUUUUAAUCUAUCAUUUAAUCCCGAAGACACUUUGGCGCCAGGUCUACUUACGAAGCUGGCGUUACAAACGUCUGGAGAACAAAGUACCGGUACUACAUUAGACGAUGGUUUUCUGGAUCUAAUGGUGGUUAAAGAAGUUCAUCUUGGUGGUAGAGAUGCGGAAAAAGACGCCGAAUUGGCAUCUAUGGCAAGACGAUACGGCCUUAAUCAUGAACCUGGCAACGAGUGCGCUAUUACUAUACUGUAUGGUUAUGGAUUAAGUGAUAAUCGUUUGUUGUAUAUUGUAUGUCCCCCGGUUGUUUGUAGAGUAUGGUUUAGUGGUCUCUGUUGGUUGAUACGUGGCUUAUCGAGACAACAAGCACUCUGUGAUAGAAAAUUAUUAUGGCUAAGAGAACAAUAUAUGCAACUGUACCAUGAGGAUGGUUACUGCUGUGGACCAUUAGCUGCUGACGCCAUUAGAUCGUUCGGAGGACGAGACUGGUCAAUAGCGGGAGUAACAGGUGGACAAGGGGGAGAAUCAUCUGGAGCGUUAAGACGAGAAGUAUCGAUGAAAAUAAAGAAAAAACAACUUCUCAGCAAUCAGACAUUCAAAGAUCAAACAAGAUUUUUUAAUUGUUUUGAAACAUUUAAGGACAGAAGUCUACGUACGCAGUUCGUAGAACCGACUACGAUGUGUAUGGAGAGUAGUUAUUGGAGAAACCCCACUCAUCAUCGUCAAUCUACCCCUACGACUUUUUCCGAUCACCAACAUGACGUUGCAAGGCAUCAUAGCUUAGGACAAUUGGCAUAUAACACAUCCCAACCUAAAUUUGACAGGGAUAGACAUGGUUCAACUGAGCACUUAUGGCAUGGCAGACAUCCUCGAGUUGGUUCAAUACUCUAUGACACCCAAUUGGAUUUCGUUGAUUUCGUUACACUUUUCCGUUCCUUCAGUUUAUUAAUUAGAAAGGACCUUAGAGAUCUAUUUGAACAAUUAGCAAUAUCCUACCGAAGCAUGGCUGUGAAUACUAUUAAGUUAAAUGGUGUUAAAUCGAAAGUGGCGCAACAAAAAAAGCCACAAAAAUUAGGUUUACUGACACGGAAUAGUAGAUCAGAAAUGGAAGGCGCCGUGACCAAUUCCCAAAAAAAGAUUUUCGACGCUAUCGCCGCAGCAAGCAUCUUCACGAAUUGCGCUGGAAUUGAUACAAAUAAUUCUCAAGUGAUAACUAUGUCUACGUUUACAAAAUUUUUGGAAACUAGGCAAAUGGAAGUAUGGAGUGAGGAGCAAGUUAAAGCUUUGAUUUACCGACACGAGCCUGACCCGACCCUUCGAGCCCAAAAUUGUCUAUCAUUCGAAGGAUUCGCCAGAUACCUAAUGGAUAAGGAUAAUUUUGCUUUUGUUUCCGAAAGACAAGUCCCCGGUGAGAGUGAUAUGACGCGUCCAUUAUCUACUUACUAUAUAUCAUCGUCUCACAAUACCUACUUGACAGGUCAUCAGCUAAAAGGAGAAUCGUCCGUUGAAUUAUAUAGUCAGGUUUUACUGACUGGUUGUAGAUGUGUCGAAUUGGAUUGCUGGGACGGAGACGAUGGGUAUCCGAUGAUAUACCACGGACACACUUUUACAACAAAAAUACCAUUUAGCGCUGUGGUGGAAACUAUUGAUAAGAACGCCUUUGUUACUUCCCCGUAUCCUGUGAUCCUUUCGAUAGAAAAUCAUUGCUCCUUACAACAGCAAAAUAGAAUGGCGCAUAUAUUUCAGAGAAUUUUCGGAGAGAAAUUGGUUACCUCCUUUCUAUUCGAAUCAGAUUACAGUGACGAACCGUGUUUACCUUCUCCGGAGCAGCUCAAGCAUAGGAUUUUAAUAAAAAAUAAAAAAUUGAUAAUGGAGGCGCCGCCACCGUUAACUAUUACAACUAUGACAUCGGUGAGACCGGGAAGUGGAGGAAUAAGACAUUCGGUACCGGGAAGAACCAGUUCAAUAAUCAGCAACACCAGUAGCAGUUCUUUCAACGACGAUUUCAGUGACGAUGAUUACGAUGAUGAAGACGAUGAAGACAAUAUUGACGAGAAACCAGUUCAUGGAAUGAAUUUAACAGAUUCACCUCGACCGUUUGGAGUAUCGCACGCCGUUUCCAAAACGAGUUCUCAGAAAAGAGUUGCUCCAGAUGAUAAAUUGAAGAAAAAGAGUAGUCAAAUUUCCAAGGAAUUGUCCGACUUGGUUGUUUAUGUACAAGCUAUAAAAUUUCGAGGUUUGAACACAAUUUCCCCGAGCAGCUCAGUGAAACAAAGACAGAAAACCAUCGCUUGCUCAGUUAGCUCUAGCGCUACGUCCGGGAUAAGCUCCUCUUCAAAUAUCAGCUCAGGAACCGCAAACGAAUCAGAUAAUACAAUUUUCGAAAGCGAGAUUCAGAAACAGCGUCCCAACGUUCAUUUACCAUGUUAUCAGUGCUCUUCGAUUAACGAAAAUACUGCUAAAAAGUUGUGUCGUAAGCAACCCAUGGCGUUGGUAGCUCACACCCAAACGCAACUGAUGCGGACUUACCCAGCUGGUAUGAGAAUAGAUUCUUCCAAUUUUAACCCAGUUAUAUUCUGGUCGUUCGGUAUACAAAUGGCAGCUCUUAAUUAUCAAACUGAAGACACUGCGAUGCAGCUCAAUACGGCUCUUUUUGAAAAUAAUGGAAGCUGUGGAUACGUCAGUAAACCGAAUGUCAUGUGGGACAGACAGCACGUCAUGUACAGGCGUUUCAACCCUUGGGAUAAGGAAUUCGAUGGUAUUCAUUCGUCCCAAAUGGUGAUCAACAUAGUAUCCGGCCAAUAUGUUGGUCAGAGUAACGUAAAUCUGAGCACCUACGUGGAAGUAGAAGUAAUAGGCAUUCAAGUCGAUUGUAAUAAGCAAAAAACGAAAACCAUACAAAAAAACUCACUCAAUCCCAUAUGGAACGAUACGUUCAACUUUAGAAUCAUGUUCCAAGAUUUAGCUUUUUUAAGAUUCACCGUUAUAGACGCGUCCAGUAAUCAUCUAUUAGCUCAAAGGAUCAUGCCCUUGAAAUGUCUAAAGCCCGGCUACAGACACAUAAGGCUCAGAUCUUCUCAAAAUAAGUCUCUCAAUAUGUCGACUUUGUUUAUUUAUUCGAGAUUAGAAGAAGAAAGUUUGGAAAAUACCGAACCCUCUGAUGGUAUUACUGACAGAUCCAAACAAAAUGAAAGCGAAACUUCCGAAACAUCUGGAACUGAUGGUACAUUUUUGGGAAUAUCUGGAACCCCCCUAUGUGUCAAACGCCGAAUGUUCUUCUUAAUGGUAUACGGAGUUGUUACAGAAGAACCGUACACCAUAUUAAAAAUAACACAAGAAAGUACGACACAAGAUGUUUUAUUGCUUUGUCUACAAAAAGCAGGCGUCAGUGCGACUAAAGUAAACGAUUAUAUCUUAGUAGAAGAAGUAGCCAGAGGCUGGGAGAAAAAAGACCACAAUUUACCAGCCACACAAAGAAUAUUAGAUCUCCAUGAAAGACCGUUACAAGCACAAUCCCAAUGGAAAGGUGAAGGUCGCUUCAUUUUGAAACGAAUGGGCGAUGACCCGAGUAGUCGAGCUUGGUUAUCAUCCAUCCGGAGCGUAGCUAAUCGAGAAAGGGAAGCCCGAAAAUCGGACGGAGUACCUAGUAAUGCUUGGGAAAUAAACGAUACGUUUCUUGUUUGUAUAUAUAACGUUUCUCCCGAAAUUCCAUACGCCAUUCUCAAGGUGCCGUUGAACGCGUGCGCGCAAGACGUUUUAGCGCAGGCUCUCGUCAAAGCCCGACGUCUAGAGGAUCCCAUGAACUUCGUUAUUGUAGAGGAACUGGAAUGGGGUGGUGCCAGUCAUAAUAUACAACAGCGCGCUUUAGAGGAUUUCGAAAACGUUUACAGCGCGCAAUCGCAUUGGCAAACCAUCGGUCGUUUCAUCCUUCAGGAACGUUCGAGCGCUACACCGACGUCAUUACGCAAAAAUCGAAUAACGUCGAGUUUGCGCCUCGCCACGCUCGACAGGAUAAGUCGAGGUUUGAACGUAGCGCGCAACGUAGCCUCGAAUAGUAUUAAAAUGCCCGUACAGGUGGCGCUGAGCGAUCCGACAACGUCAAAAUGGAAAAGCAAAACCGGAGAAGAUUCUAAGGGCAAAAACAGCUCUAGAAACAAAUCUUCAUCGGAGAAGGAAUCGUCUACUUCGUCGGGGGCUGCGAAAAAAUCGGAAGUGACGCGAGAAGUGCACUCUGAAGGCGAGACUUUGAGUGACGAAGACGCCAAAGAGACUGACUUAAUGUCAACCAUGACGAGAUUAAAGAAAGUUUCGAUAAGGAAAUUUAAGGAGUGGAAAUCGUGACUCAUGGACUAAAAACUUUUUUUGUUUAUAUCAGUGACUCCAUAAUGUUUUAUUUAUAACGUGUAAUAUCGUAGGUAAGGAUGAGAUGAGGUUAUUUCGAACAAACUUUUAAAAAAUGCGUUUUGACUAUACCAAAGAAUGUAGUAGUCCAAAACCAUGACCCUUGUACAGUGACGUAAAGUGAGACAGAUAUGCACCCCGGGAGGAAAGGAUUUAGAUAAGAUUGUAUGUAGGAGGUCCUGUUAUACUACGACAUCUAAGGUGUAUUGUCUCCCAAAUCCAAAGUGGCCCUAACAAUUCUUCUCUUCUACGUGUUUAUCGUUCAAAGUGUUUCCUUGUGAAUGAAAAGCAUUCUGUAACUAGACGUUUCAACGUUUCUUCCUCAUCCCCACAGAAUGUGCACUAGUCAUUUCGUAUUAGAUUUCAUCUUAUUUGCUUCUUGAAGUACCAAAGCCAGUGAAAAGUAGCAUACUUUUACUGACGUUUCUUAUACUUAACAAUAUUAGAAAAGAACUGUUUGGAGUGAACAAGACCCAGGAGAAUUCAUAUUUUAGAUAAUUCCUUAAAAAAUCUUGUAGGUCUUCUGAAACGCCUCAAGACAAUUUUGCGAAGUGGAAGUUGUUGUCUGAUCGGUUAGAGGUAGACAAGACAGAUUCGCUGAUGAUUAGAUAGAGGGAAUUUUCACCAAACAUAACAAGGCCUCUAAGUAUACCACCAAAGAGAUGGUACAAACGCUGAGCUAGUAUUAGGGCCAAGUAGUAGCACUAAAAUAGUCAAAAAGUCAUUAAAAUAUCUGAAGGACACAAAUAGGUCCUGGGACUUUUGCGCUCCUUUUUUCCUUGAUUGUCGAAUGACCAAGAACUCAAUUCAAACAGACCAAACCGUUUUAACCAUGUCAAUGAGUUUCCUAUAACAUUUCCAGAUCAGCUUUGAAUCUCAAACUCAAAACUUUGUUCAUUUCCAGUCUAGCUCCAAACAUAGUUUUUUAAUCAUAUUUGUACCAUUACAAGUUCAGAUAGUUGAUUCCCAAUCUCUAUUAGUACUCAAAAUGGUGCUAAAAGCUUAAAGAGAUUAACUUGGUCAAAGAAGAUCAUGCACUGUGCUAUGUAAUUUCCUCAUUACCUGUACCUACCUAAUUAAAAUAGGUGAGGUUUGAAUUUCUGGUUAGCGCAGCUUCUUUUGGAUGAGUUGUUGCUCAAGAUUGAAAAUCGUGAGCUGUGGUACCCUUUGGUUCAUCAUGUUUUGUACUGAAGCAAAUUAGAACUUCGCCACUAUUGUUUUUUGAAAAUUUAAUAUACGUAAGAGAUGUAAAAAUUAGUAUUGAAGACAGGAUAUACUAUGAUGGAUCUGUAAACUAGUAAUGUUGAAAGACAGUUAUACCAAAUGGUGAGGUAGGUAGAAAAACAAAUUAUGAACAAUAAUUUUCAUUAUAUAUCUAAUAGAAAUCAAUAAUGUCCUUAAUGACUAAAAAAGGAAUUCAUUAAUGAAUACAGUAGCUUAGUGGAUUGACCAGCAGGAUGUUGACAGCUCAUAUUUGGAAUAUGAUUCUUGUAAUUUAUGAUGACUUCUAUCGGUUAGAUCGGUAACUUGUUUUUUAUUGUUCGUUGAAACUGAACACACUAUUUACACUAACAUUACACAAACACUCACAAUUACACUGAAGGUGAACAACUUCAGUGUCUGAAGACGAUAACUUGGUUAUAGAAACGCGCGUCAUACAGUGUAUUUGCGAGUGUUGGUGUAAACAGUGUGUUCAAUACGAAUAUCACCAACGGUUCCAAAAACUCCAACUUAUUUUAUUGCUCGUUAUCUAAAUUUUUUUGAUAAUUCCACCUCAUCUUCCAAUUGAAUCCUUAUCAGCGAUAUUUUUUACUGAUAACAUGGUUUCUAUGAAAUGGCAGCUUUAAUUUGUAAUAUAUUUUGGCGGGCAGGCAAACUUGUUUCUUGUUCAAACAAGCACCUGGUUCACAUUAUUUAUUAUGUAAAUAUAUAAUAUAUUAAAAAAUUAGAGUAUUAAGAAUAAACACGGUGAAAGCCUCUAGUCAAAUAUUGAAUCUUAAUCAUCUUUCCAUUAUCAAUAUAACUAAUACAUUCUUCUUAUAUUUUUUUGCAGCAUAUUAAAGUUUAAAUAUAAUUGAAAUUAAAUAAUCUGAUUCCCACUUCUACUCAAAUACCAGGUAAUACGUGAAGUAGCUUCGAUUUCCAAAGAUAAACAACAACACCGUCGGAGUAGAAGUAGUAGACGUCUGUCAAACGUCACUAGAUUAUGUCAUCUAUCUCCAACUAUUUUUUGUGUUAUCUAUCGUAUAAGAUAUACGGAACGUCAUCUGUCAACAGCUAUCUAGUGUGUCAUGUGUCAAAACUAUCUUGUAUGUCAUCCGUCUCCAUUUUUAGUGUUAUCUACUACCAGAUGGUACAAAAAUCUAUUACUCUUAUAUUGUUUUCACUAUAUCUCUCAUAAUUUGUUUUAUUUUGGCCUGAUGUAGAAUGUUUCGCAGUGUGUAUUGGUUUUUACUUUGAACGCCAACAAUUGCGUAUGGCUAUAACCAACCGCUUUCAAUUACAAAGCUACUGGAUGAUAUAAACUGAAAUCACUUUACAAAUAUACCUCGUAUAUCUGUACUGAUAAAAAAAUGAUUUAUCUAUGUCACAUUGAUGUUGAGACGUGAUUUAAAAAAAGUUAAUUAAACAUUUGGUUUGACUAAUAAAGUUUUGAGUGCCUCAAGUGAAAAUGUUUCGAUAUAUGAGGCUUUCUAUCACAAAAUCUUUCAGAGUUGUCUUAAAAUGGCAGGACAUUAAUAAGGAUAGAAUGUAUUAGUUAUAUUUGCUAAUUUUUAUUAUAAAAAUAUAUAUUUAAAAAAUCUUUAAAAUAGAGAAUAAUUCUUAAUAAUUUUCACACAUGAUGGUUGAUUUCUUCCAGGUUAUUCUGUUUUUAUUGAAAGGUAAAUUAAUUUCGCACAUAGUAAUAGUAAAUUUUUUUCGUUCAAACGUAUUGUACACUGAAAAAAAUGACACAUUGUAGAAAAAAUAAAUAGAUAUAGAUGUUAAAUUUUCAUAUAUUUUGCUACAGUAUUUUUUAGUUUUAAAAAUUUUAGCACAAAAAAUGUAAUCAGUAACUUUCAUAUCAGCAUUAAUAAGUAUUUUUGAUUAAUAUUUGGAAGAAAAUAUUGACACUUUGGUUAAAUACCAGCAGUUUAGGUAUCCCAAAUUUGGAAUUGUCACUGAAAAUAACUUAAUCGCUUAUUAAUUUAUCUCAAAAACAAAAACUCUUACAUAAUUGACAUCCGGUUUAAAUUUAUCUUAUUAAAUGCAGAUCUGGGUGCAAAAUUAUUGUCAUAAAUCACGUAUCUGUCAAAAAAAUGUCAAAAAUAGAAGAAUCUCAACAUGAAUUUCAGAAAUGUCUAUGUAAGAAUAUUUAUGCUGCGUCAAACAGAAAAGAAAUGAACAUACACUUCAUCGAUUUUGAAAAAGUCUUCGACAAAAUAAAAAAAGAUGAAGUACUAUAAGACCUGUCGGUGUAAGUUUGUUUAGAUUAUAACAUGAAAAUGAAAUCAAUUAGGUCACGUGACCGCGAAAACCAAUCAGAAAGUGUUACGUCACGUCACGCUAAACAUCAUUGUUAUUGACGUUUUCAUAAAAUAGAUCUGGUUACUCCAUAUUGUUUUACGUGUUUAGUAUUUCGUAUAUUCUUGGACAAAACACAUUAGUUCUAUUUUACAUGUACAUUACCUAGAUAGGUAAUAUUGUUUGUAGUACUUACAUUGAAAUGAUCUUCAUAAGAAUACAUUCAUCUAUUUGUUGACAUUGAUAAACAAUAAGCGUCACUUGUACUCGCAAAUGUUAAAAACUAUUCCCGUGUGGGUUGAUUGGUUAUAAUAUUUAUAAAUAUUUUUUCUAGCGGUUUUAUAGUUAUACUUUACACUGAGGCACUAUACAGUACUUGCAACACGAAGGAUCCAUUUUUAGAAAGUAGUUGACACUUGACAGUUGAUGUAAACAAUUUUGUUUUGCAUGUCAUGAUGUCAUUCAAGACACUAUUCAACGUUUUACAGAGUGAUCUAAAUUUUUAUUUUUGAAUACGUAAUGUAAAUAUUACUUUUUGUUUAAAAUAUAGUUUUUUGGAAGAAUAUAAUUAACCAAGUUUUCAAAUUUAGUCAACUAGUCUAUUAAAUCACGAAUGAAAUACAUCUUAUUUUUUUCAAUAAACCGUACCGUUUCAUUUAAUGAUUUCCAUCUUGUACAUAAGUUUUUAUUUGUUUUUAAUCCAAUAUUAUGAAUUUUACUAAUAAAAAUGGUGACAUUAUUAAAUAUCUACACGUUCAGGUAAUGUGUGAAAAGUGAUUGUUAUUUUUUGUGACAACUACUGAAUUAAAUAUUUAUUUUAUACAAAUACCGUUUCACAAAUAUAAUUAAAUUAAUCACAACCUUACCGUAUUGACUAAUCGUCUGAAUAGAGGGUUUUGUGAGGUUAUGUCAUUUCUUUUUACUUACCUAGUAUCAACUGCAACGGGAUUUGUGUAAAAAAUUCCAUUUUAAAGUAUUUUCGUGCCUGGUAUAUCUUUAAAAUAUGUAUACAGGGUUUGUGUCAGUGUAAUAUAUAAUAUUUAAACAUGCUAUCAAUUUAUUUUGUAUUUAUAAUGAAUUGGAUUUUGGUGUUGAAAUUGAGCACAUAUAAGGGAAAACCUGACCCGUUCUUAGGGUUUGACUUUUUUAUGUGUAUCUGUCUAGGAUUUUAUACUUUUUAUAUAAGCAAAAUACAUAAAAGAAACGCUUUAAUGACCAUUAUUUGUAUGUCCUUGGUAUAUCAAUUAAUCGGGACACAAUAUUUGGAAGAAAAAUACAGCUUUAAGGAAACCCCAGGAUUGCAGGUGUUUUGCCUUCCUUAAUUUAUAAAUUCACAUUUAUUUUCCGUCAAAUCUAAAUCAAAUAGCAAAAAAACUACAAUACAAUAAUUAUUCGAGGUAAUUGUACUGAUAUUGAGCAAAACUACAUUUCGUACUGUUACAGUUACAGUCAUACACAAUAUCCCGAUUCUUUCCCCUAUAUUAUUAGUAGAAUCAAAAAUAUCUCCAUUUUUAAGAGAUAAAUUAAAUCCUUCACAUUGAAAAAUAUUAAUUCCACACGAUAUUUCGUAUAUAUUUAGGUAAAUUUGUGGGAUCGUGGCAAUUAAACACCAAAGUGUAGUAUUUUUAAUAUAUAUGUGUUUGAUUGCCAAUCUCACAAAAAUACGUUCAUACAUUAGUUAACAAAAAAUUAUUUUCAAUUUAGUACACUGUAAUGAAAAUAUAAAUUAUUUAACUUCAAAACGUGAUUAGCAGAAACAUGAAAUUAAUAGAACUAUCGAUUAAACUAUAAAAGAGAAAACGAAAUCUACUAUUGCAUGAUUAAAAUUUGGAUUUGAGAACUUUUCAAUGAUCUAGAAUCAUGUAGUCAUUAACUAUGACACAUUGGCGUUUCAAAUUUUAUUUAUUAAGAUAAACAAAGAAAUUUAUAGUAGUUGAAAUUUUCAAGUUUCCCUAAAAUUUCCCUGUACUCCAAUUUGUAUACCAAAUCUGAAGCCUUACAAUAUUUUCAUACAUUUUUCGGAACAGUUCAAAAUGAUCAAGAAAAUUAUAUAUAAUCUGAUUACUGGAAAUAAAUUAAGAAUAUUAGUAAAAAGAACAAAAUAAAAAGGAAAAAAAGACUUGUAGAUAAUCGAGAGAAAAAUACUGAAAACUACACUCCAAAUAUAACAUUUGAUGGAGAAAUAAAAUUGAAGAAAACUAAAGAAAUAGAAGAAAUGGAAGGAGAAAACAUAAUAAGAUAUAUAACAACACAAAGACUGCAUUAGGCAGGGCUUAUCAUUAGAGGGAAACCCUCAGAAAUAGCGAGGAGGAUAACACAAUGGAUACAUCUAUGGCCAAGGGGCAGACCAAGAAAUAUCAGGAGAAACCAAAUUGGAAGAUACUAGAAUUCUAGAUAUAGUAGAAUGGAAAGCAAAAUGCAGAAACAGGAAAUGAUGGAGAAAGCUCACAAAUGAAGAAAGGACCAAUAAAAAACUAUAACAAAAAGGAAAAAGGAAGUAAUCCACCCCAAUAAAGGGAUAGUCAUAAUCCAAGAGACUGAAAGGCAUAAUGGUGAAGACUAUUCUAAAUAAAAAUUAUAAUUCAUUGUUUAUUAACUAUUUUUAUUAGAUUAGAUGAACUAGGGGAUAAAGGUCGUGAAUUGGUGUCUCUAGCACUGACCUAUUGUGUGCCCCACAUAGCAUCUUUACAGUUUGAGUGAGCUCCCUAUCUGGGGGCUAACCUAACCUAACCUCUUCCGGUUUUAAAAAGUGUAAAUGUGAGUACAGUAUCAGUAUUCUUCGUCUUCUCAAACAGAGAAAUGCUCGAUUGGUUCUUUGCAGAAAAGACAAGAGCUUUUGGAUCUCUUAUUCUACCAAUUACUGUUUUUAUGCUCCAUGUUUCUGAAUUCCACUUGAUUACCCACAUUUUCAACUACCUUGACUUGAUCGCUUUCUGGGAAACCUAUAAAAGGUUGUAGUCCUAUGAAAGGAGUUGUUCUGCAUUUCUUCACCAUUUUCUACAAGUACUCCGGUGUGUCCUAGAUUAAAAGAAUUUUUUUUUGCUCCCAGUGAAUUCCAAGACUGCAUCAAUUCCCAUAGUACUCAAUUUUAUAAAAGUCAAGUGCUCAAAGGGCUGUUCUACUGUCACAAAGUUCAUUACUAUGUGGAACUCACAAUUACACUAUCUGACACGUGUUAUAUAAAUUAUUGUCUUUAUUUGCUUUAAUUUGUGUGUUCAUUAUCACAAUUAACAGCAUAAAGCAGUUUGAUUUAGAAGUGACUAUUUUGUUGAUAUAUGUUGUUUAUUAAUAUGAAUAUUUUUUAUUAUUGUUGAAAAAUUAUUAGAAAUAAUAGAAUAAUGUGAAGAAUCAGAUAUUAUAUUGUAAUUACAGAAUCUUUAUCUUAUAUAAAAUUUAGAUAAAAUCAUCAAUUUAGACCCUAUAUGGACAUUCAGUUUAUGACAUUAUUUUGGAUUUUUCUGACAUAUCUAUAAUGAAAAAAAAAUCAAAUUUUAAAAAGUAUUUAUCAUGUUCAAACAAGUAUGCUAUUGUACAUUGACAUAUUGAUGUUAUUAAAAAAAUAUAUUAUAAAUAAUACGAAAGAAAAAUAUAAUUAUACCUAACUGUUACUUUACAGUACAAAUUUAAGAUGAUUGUUUUUAUGUAACAUUGUUAUACUUAACAAUUUAUAAAAAUAUAUUGCGUUAAAAUUUCAC